GUUUUAGAUACAUAAUCAAAACGGUUACCUUUGUGGGUCGGGUCUUACUACUUCAACUACUGGUCUCUAAGGGGAGCAGGGUAUUGUUAAUUGGAGCUCCGUGCGCCCUCUGCAUCUCGAAAACCCUACCUGAAGAAGGGGCCGCCGCUCUCCUGUCGCCGGCGGAAAUGGUUGCCUUCAGGUUUCACCAGUACCACGUGGUGGGGAGAGCGCUCGCUUCUGAAGCACAUGAGCAUCCGAAGAUCUACCGAAUGAAACUCUGGGCUACCAAUGAAGUUCGCGCCAGAUCCAAGUUCUGGUAUUUUUUGAGGAAGCUGAAGAAAGUUAAGAAGAGCAAUGGACAAAUUCUUGCCAUUAAUGAGAUUUUUGAGAAGAAUCCCACCAAGAUCAAGAACUAUGGGAUAUGGCUGCGGUAUCAGAGCAGAACUGGUUAUCACAACAUGUACAAGGAAUACAGAGACACAACUCUUAACGGAGCUGUUGAACAAAUGUACACUGAAAUGGCAUCACGCCACAGGGUUAGGUUUCCAUGCAUCCAAAUUAUCAAGACAGCCACCAUUCCUGCAAAGCUUUGCAAGAGGGAAAGCACCAAGCAGUUUCACAACUCAAAAAUUAAAUUCCCCUUGAUUUCUAAGGUGUUUAGGCCUCCAACCAGAAAGCUCAAGACAACAUACAAGGCAUCAAGGCCCAACUUAUUUAUGUAACUCUCGUCAUUGCGUGCUACUGACAUCAUCUAAAUGCCUUUCAAGUUGAUUAGUUUGUUAAACUAGUGAUGACUACAAAUGGGAAUUGUUUUUCUAUGGAUUUGUUUUUUAAAAAUUUUGUGCUAGAAUGAUCAAUCUAUGCCCCUGAGUUGCUACUGUGUUCA